AGGGCUGAACAUUUUUAUCCAUUUGCACAGAUGAUCCGUAUUUAUUAGCGACUCGCGUGACCAGAUCUCGCUCUUAAUAUUUUCUUCACUCUUGUCCCAGUUGACACAGCGACCCGGAUCUCUCUCAAAUCUCAGGCCUCAGAGCUUCGGCCAUGGCGGACGAGGUCCCUCCCUUUGACGACGUGGGGACAAAAGGAUUCAACCCUGGACUGAUUGUGUUGCUUGUUGUUGUUGGGUUGCUGGUGAUUUUUCUGGUUGGAAACUAUGCACUUUAUGUUUAUGCUCAGAGAACUAUUCCUCCAAAAAAGAAGAAGCCAGUGUCCAAGAAGAAGCUGAAGAAGGAGAGGCUGAAGCAAGGUGUCUCUGCCCCAGGGGAGUAAAUAUGGAAGAAAGACUGCAGCUCUGCAUGUUAAACUCAUGUUGCGAAGUUGUUCCUUCAUUUCCCUUAAUACUAGAUGGAAUUGAACUUAGUAAUUGAAACCCUGUAUCGGUCUAGCGACCAGGGAGUGAGAAUGCUGUUCUUAAGACAGUUUUUAUCCCU